AACGUUCGUCUUUGUGUGGCUGUGAAAGAGAGAGAUUGUGGAGCUGAAGAAAUGAAACCGUUAAACACCUCAAGAUCUCAUCGACUCCUUGAUUUUGUUCCAUCUGUUAGGCCAUCGUUUCUUUCUGUGAUUUUAGUGUUUGUUUGCGGAUGCCUCUGGGUGAAGAAUACGACAAUCAACGAACGACUUGUCGAGCUGGAAUCUCGCACUUACUGUUUUUCCUGCGUUAAGACUAUUUCUAUCGAAAAUCUUGACAAGAUGACUCUCUCGCCGGCAAAAGAUACCGCAAAAGAUCUUUACAAGAAUAUGCAGACACAUGUUUCAGAAGUUAUCGCCUCUAACUCAGGUAAAAUCGAUGCUUUAGGUAUGAUUAUCCUAUCUCAUAGAUGUCGUAGUUUGACUGAGAUAAACUUCCGCUAUUACGGACUCUCGCUAAAGAGGACACUAACUCGAGGUCCCUACAGUGUUCUCCCUAAAUUUUAGGUCAGCGGGUAAGGGAUCAUUCGUGCCCGAGAAGUUGCACUUUCCUGGGGAGGAAUGGGGCUAGUGGAGUGAGAGACAUGGCCUCACCCUGGGAGAAGCCGAGUUCUUUGAAACGUCAUUCCCUCAUUUUAAGACCUCUUUUACGCAAAUCGGCCGUUGAUAUCUUUAGACAACAACUUAAAACGUUUGAUCCCAAUAAUUUUACUCUGUAUUCACUGUUUUCUUUCCAAAAUGCGUGGCCCAUAAAAAGAAAAGCUGUGAAUACUUAAGCACUUUUCCAUAUAUUCCUUCAUCGGAUCGGAUCGCACCUUGCGUAUUUUUUAAAACUACUUAUUUCAUUUUAGUAAACCUUCAAGCGGUUGCUGGCGGUAAGAAGUGUUGCUUCAGGCGGUAAAUUGUACCGGUUACCGUCUGAUAAGGAGAACACUGAUUUAGGUAGUUGACUGUAAUUCGCCGCUUUUGAAACAAGAAACGAUUGGUAUUAUCUUUAACAGAGACAUUUAUUUCCUCAAUGUAUCCCUCCCCCAACCCCUCUGCCCCUGGCAAAAUAUAGCGUGACAGUAUAACGUGACUGAUAUAAUUUAGCCAGAAAUUCCAAAAAUUAUUGUCGUUCUAUGCUAAUAAAACAAGACAGGGUCAAUUUUGGUGUUUAAAAUACUGUUCAAUAACAGUAACUCUCUGUUCCCUAAAAACUCGCAAAGAAAAUUAAGUUUCAGUUUUCACAUUUUUGUCAGAUAUUGCAUUUAAAGCCCUUCUAACUAUCCAAGUGAAUAUGUUUCUAUUUGACGGGGCGAUCUACAAAUAGCAUUCCUUUCUUGUCAUCUUGUAAGGAAAGACUUUUCACUCGCAGGGAGAGUAUUCCAUCAAAUUGAAGCUUUUCCGUGGGAGGGGAGGGGACCGUGGGAGGGCAUUUUUUUUGCUCCAGCGCAGGCUAACAACAUCAUCAACUACUGUAUCUAGAUAAUCAUUGGGCGUAGAUAUAGGGGGAAAAAUAACUCCACGCAAUUUGUUUUGUUGGCUCCAAUUCGACUUCCAUUUCUGUUUGCAAGACGACCUGAAAUUACCGAUCCCCUCCCUGCAAAUAUCGGCCCCAUUGAAGAGAGAGUAGGACGCAAAGCCUUCUGGGAGAUCCAUCGGCCAUUUUGUCUUUUUUUGACACAGAUUCGACCCAUUUCUUGAUUGGGCGUUGCCCUCACGGGCAGCACAAUAAUAACAGAAGUGCCUAUUGUUUAUGCCUUGUUCUGUCUUUCUUUCUUGAUAUAAGACGGUGAUAAGAGGCCUUACGAUCACAAUAACAAUAUAACAAUCCAAAAAGAAAUGCGAAGUAAUUCACACGAAGAGCUACGAAGUAAUUACAAACUAGAAACCUCUCCUUGAGGAUUGUCUGAACGAAGAGAGGAGAAACUAUUGGUCUAAUUAAGCGGCAUUAAACCGAUAGUUUCUCCUCUUUUCGUUCACGACAAUCCUCAAGGAGAGGUGUUUUUUUUUCAAGUUUUCUUUACGGUAAUAUAUAGUACUUCUAGUUUGCAAUUACUUCGUGUGAAUUACUUCGCAAUUCUCUUUGGAUUUUUAUUGUGAUCAUAAGGCCUCUUAUCAUUGUCUUAUAUUAAGUAAAAAGCAUUGGAGUUAAUUUUUUGAUGCACCAAAGAAUUUAUCGCGGGUCUUAAUGACCCCUUUUCCUUCCCUUUCGGACGCCUACCACGUGGGUUAGGUCCAGGUUAGGUCUAACAAAAAAUAGUUUACUUUAAAGCUUUUUGGGCUGUUAUUGUGAGACAGAAUAUUGAAUGAUGGAGACAGCAAUGCCUGCUUAAUCUGUACAAUUUAAUUAAGGAUUGACUGCAAAGGAUAAAGUUUCAAAAGUUAGUGUGCUGUAAGGACCUGUAAGUGGGCCAAAACUUAGCCUAAGAGAGUCUCCGUGGGAAGCUUGUAUUGAGUGGAAAAUGAGACUGUGUAAUAGCGAGUAGGAAAAAAUACCACCCCACCCCGCUAAGGAUACAAUUGUAACUUAAGGAAUGAUGAUGGGUAAUAGAACGCACGAGGUCUGUCUUGUUGUGCGAGUCCCGCUCCAUAUUGGUGUUUUGUCUCGUAGUUUUGCAAUGGGAAAAUAGCGCCCACCUGUCCCCGGCCAGUAACAAUAGGCACAAGUUGAAUGAAGAGCGAAUGAGCUUCUCUUGCUUGAAUACAGUAAUUUGUUGUCUAAAACAUGUGCCAAAACAGGAUUCAUAGAAAGAGGGGCAGUAAUAACGCACUAAUUUCCACAAGAACAUUCUGAAUGAAAAAAAAAAAAAAAAAAAAAAAAAAAACUACCACCUACCCGACAUUGAUCAGUAGGUCUUGUUCUAUCAAAAUCCGCUAUCAAACCUUUUCUGACCCGAUCAUUGUACGAAACCCCUCUUUCAGGGUCCUGGCUUCCGGACUAGAAAAGAAGAAGGAGGAUUGUUGACCUCGUUUUCCUGGUUUAGACGUACUUUGUUUCUUUUGCUUCAAUUAUCCAUUGGCACAUCUCCCAUAAUACACCUUGUUUGCCCUCUAAAAUUUUGCAUAACCUUGGCCUUUAAUUUCUCCUGGGUAUUACAGUCGUUACAAGGGAAAUUGAAGACAAUCUUUACGCAAAAAAUUUUGUGGGGCAAAACAAGGUGUACGCGUUGCACGUUUUAUCGGCUCAAGGCAAGCUUGUUUUACAGCAAGUGACGCAACCUCCGUGAAUGGCGUCACCUCCGGGUAAUUUUAUUCCAUCAAACAAAUUGAUCGUGGGUGAUAAAAUGCGCGACAUCGCUUUUCAACUCUUGUUGCAGCAAUGUUUCGAAACAGGUUGCACCGUUUUGUUGCUUGUUUUAUCGUAGCUUUAGACCCGGUGUUCCUUUCUCGUAAACACUUCCAUUAAUGGAAGGGAUCGUGUCAUUUCCACUCAUGCUAUGCUGGUGUCAGUAACUGACCUAAUAACUUGGUUUUAAUUUCGAAGGAACCUUCUAAUACGUACAACCUUGUUAAAUUUAUUUGUUUAUUAAUCAAAUCAGUUAUUAUAAUUUAUAUAUAACAUUUUUGACUGCAGUUGUACCGUUGUCAAAAAUGGCAUUUACAACCGUCCGACCAAGAAACCGAAGACACGUUUUAAACGACACUUCAGCUAGUAUAACAUUACAAGACGUGAGGAAAGAAAUCACAAAACAGUUUCAACAACUGAUGCCCCUCAAGUACUGUACAUCAAGUGAGAAAGUGUGCCCCGCAGGUCCCCCUGGACUUCCUGGUCCCACUGGGGCAAAAGGACCCCGUGGUAGGAGGGGACCAAAGGGGAAAAGGGGGCCUCAAGGUCCCAUGGGACCACCUGGAAAAUCCGGAAAAACAGGAAUGACGGGUCCUGCAGGGCCGAGAGGAGAAAAGGGAGACAAGGGAGAGCCUGGGCCGAAAGGCAUGCCGGGACCACCAGGAAUACCUGGGAAAUCGAUAUCUGCUCCACAAGUAAUGUUGUCGCCGCCAGAACAGACACGAGAUGAAGGAACAAAUACGGCUUUUUAUUGCACAAUUGGAGGAAAUCCUCCCCCUGCCGUCGAAUGGCGAUUCAAGGGCAGAAAGCUUCUGCCAAGUGCAAAGUAUCUGAUUAAAAAGGGAGAGUUGAUCGUUAAGAAUCUGAACUACAGCGAUGCUGGGCAGUACACAUGUCACGCCAGGAACAUUCUUGGAUCGUCUGAGGCCAAUUGCAAUUUAUCUGUUCAAGGUAAGAUCAGAGAAUAAUAGAAACUUCAGGAUUUUUCAUACUCAGCUGCUUAGUGAUGAAUAUAUUUAUGCCUAUAAAGGGCGUUGACUGGGCCACACCCUUGUUUGAGAUUUUGCUAGUAAAUUUUUUUCUCUUUCAUUUGUUUGUUUUUGCUUGCUUUUUUAUUCAUUUUUCGUCUCACUUAAAUAAUUUGUACAAACAUCAAUUAUUAUAUAGUAUGUACUUAAGUUGCGUCGUCCAAAAACUCGCAAUUGUUUUCUGUUUGUCGUUAUACAUUUCACAUUCAGUAUUCAUCUUCUGUCAGGUCUUCCAGUCUUCACAAAAGUUCCACCUUCACCCGCCACGCCAGCACAACGCAGUACCUUUCAAGCAGUUUGUCAAGCUGAAGGUUUCCCUCGUCCUGCAAUCAACUGGAGAAGAGUUGGAAUAUCCUUGCCAGCUGGAAGAACUGAAGUAAACCGAGGUAUAUUAACCAUUAAGAACAUGAUUCUUGCUGACAGUGGUUUGUACGAGUGCAUUGCAACGAACACAAUGGGAACAAAGAAGGUCAGAAUCAACGUGGUAGUGCAACGAAAGCCCGGUGAGCUCUUACUACCUUAUUAGUACUUAAUUUCGUGAUUUUUUCACAAUCGCAAAAAACACGAAAUGAUUUCGCGAUUGUGAAAAAAUCACAAAAUUAUAGACCCUUGCUGAAUAAAAGUCCCUGCGAAAUUUAAACGCGGAAAAUUGAACGCCAAUUUAGAAAAUUCAAAUCACAGAAAAAAAAGAAUAACAUUUAAUAAGUACAACAUACACUUUACACGAUACAUGUGUUGACAAAUACCCACAAGUUUUUAGCUGGUUUUAUUGGUACGUUCCAUUCCGUGAUAGUGUCUUCUGUUGUGAUAUAACGUUAAUAUGCGUUUUGCUUGUUUUAUAUUAUCUAGAUAUGUAAAAAAACUCAGAAGAUUGAAAGCUAAAAUAAAGUUGAGAAAGCUUGAAUCGCGAAAUUUAAUGCCCCUUUUCAUGUUUGCCCAUAGGAAAUAGCGAAAAUAAAACCCCGCGAUCGAAAUACUGUCUUAUCAAAAUAGCGUAAUUAAGUAUCUGCGAUAAGAGAUCGUUCUGGUAGAGACCUGCAUCACGUUAUUUUGUAUCACCGAUGAACUAAACUUCAUUAUAACAUAGCUAGAAUAUUAAUCAGGAAGCUAGAGCUGCUCAUAGCUGCGCCGCGAGCAACUCUUACGCCUCCUUCGUGCUCUCCAAACUAUAUUUUGACAUACGCAUAUGAAGAUUGUCACCUAAUGACGUCAUACAUUUUGCAAUAUUGUCCGCCCAGAGACUUUAAAGGCCGGAAAACGGUUUUAUUGUUAGGUAUUGUUAGUUGUCAUGUCUCCUUGAUAAGUACAUGCUUAGUUACUAGUGACUUGACUUUUCUAAGUAUACACGAGAGCCUUAAACAAAUUCCUAAACUAUUUUGUCCGUUAUAUUCUUUUUGAUUUCGUUUUGCAUUAUUUUUCCACUUCGACUUCUAAGAAGUCCGAAUGGAAGUUAAAACUAGGGUUGUACAGUUUUGUUUACAAAGUUGCUUCUGGAAAUGUUGGCAGAAUGAAAAGUUUUGCUUGUCGCUUUCCGCUUUAUUUUCGGCUGGAAAAUGUGGAGGCCAUACAUGCCUGUUGUUGCCUGUUGUUGCAUACUACAGAAUAUGCAACGGGUUUCUAGCUUUCUGAUUGGCUUUAACUUUAUGACAUGGAAUAAAUGCUAUGUGGGGCUUCUGCCGUGCCAUAUCCCCGAGCGCAAUAAAUAAGGUUUAGAUCAGUUAUUGCCUUCUUGUGUGCUAAUCCUUGGCUAAUACCGUUGAAAAGUCACUAUACUCAAUGUUGACAUUCAUCACAGCUUUUAGUUUUGAGAAAGUUUUCUCAUGAUCGGCCUGUUCUGAUCGCGUCAUUUUUAAUCGUGCCUUGGUGGUCUAUUUUUGUUCAGAUUUAGAAGACUCCGUUAUUGUGGGAAACAGCAGAAACUACUUGAGGAUUUUAAGAAGCUGGCUGUCCCCUGUGGCACGAAGCGUGAAUUCCGCCUGGAAGCACUGUUGGCGUGCAUCUGUGGAUGGCUGGGCUGCAAGUACAUUUCACUCCCGAUGUGAUGGCAAGGGACCAACUGUAACAAUAAUAAGGGUCGGAAGAUAUAUUUUUGGAGGAUACACCAGUGUUUCAUGGGGUAAGUGGACAUUAUGAACAGGGAUAAUUUUUACUACGGUUACUAACUUUGUUAUAAAGCUAAAAACAAAGUUAUAUAUAUUACGGAGUAUGAAAAUAACGCAGCCUUUGGAUACACUGAUAAAAAGCGUUGUUUUUAUGGAUCUUGUUCUAGCCGUGCUCCACCUCUUUCCUUCGCAUCCCAUCCCCAUUCUCCCUCCAAGUGCGACGAUAUAUUUAUAUUUAAAGCGUAGACUGAAUAUUUUCUGAAAUGACAGAGUUGAUUGUAGACUAAAUCAUUCAAGGAUCCAUCCUCGGAGACCCAGGGGCAGUUAGUCGGGUCGAUAAAAUGUUCGUGGUGAAAAACAUUUUAUCGACCCGACUAACUGCCCCUGGGUCUCCGAGGAUGUCAAGGAUCCGGUCCAGUCGGUGAGUCCUUGACAGUGCUUAGACAUGUAACUGAGGGCGCUUACUGUUUUCAAUUUCUUACCUGUUUCAUUCUCAAAAUGACCGGUUCCAGUGAUCAUUUUUUUGUUGGUGAUCGCCCAUAUUAUGGCACUGACCUCUUUAGGGAGGUAUUAAAAAGUCAAUUUUUAUCCUGUGUAUUUGAGACAGAGAAAAGAUUACAAAUUUAGAUAACUUUCAAAUCAAAAGGAGUAUUACGAUGGAAAGAUUAGGAAUAUCUUUAAAAAACCUAAAAUCGAUGGAAAGAGGAUAACCUGAGAUCAGGCUCAAUUUUCGUUUUGCUUUGUAAUAACAUUCUGGCGGGCAAGGCGAAACGAAAACAGAGCAGGCCCAAUUUUAGGACUACCGACAGGAAAAAUAUAACCGACUACCGACAUGGCUGAUAUUAUCAAUAUUUGUUUCCAGAAAAAAGAGCAUUUUGCAUUUUUUUCUAGGAAGAAAGUAACCUCUUUAAAUUUAUGACUCAUCAGAUGGCCUAACGGAAAGAAUUUCCUUUUUUUUUUUUUUGAUACAGGUACAUUGCUAAAGCCAAUCAAAAAAAUAUCAAAUCGCAAAGUCACACCUUAAAGAUGCUACCGACUUUAUGAAUUUUAUUGAAACGACAAAGGUGAAAAAACCGAACGUUUCUUGUUUCGGUCCGAGAAAUGCAUAGGCGUACGGGCCGGGGGGGCGAGGGGGGCUGCAGCCCCCCCAAAUUUUGGGCAACUGAGAUUUUUGGGCAGCGAGAGAAACUUUGGGCAAAGCCAGUUUUUAAAGACGUCUCCAUGUUUAUUUAAUUAUUUUAAAGACCUGAAUAUUAACCUGAAGUCGGCGUAAUAAUCCAGUUACAUUACAGUGGAUGCCUAGCAUGUGAUGAAUAAUUUACAUAUUUGCAGUUUUUUGUUGGGCACUAUACUGCACUGCACUAGCUGGAAUGGGUUAUUUCCAGUCGUGAAUUGAUUAAAAGAAACUUUCGCAUAACUUUCUAGAAUCAUCUCCACUCGAAGAACAGAGUAUGGCAGAUAGCAUUUAGCAAUGGGUAUGAAAAUGAAGAAGUGGCUGACUAAUUCUCAGUUUGAAUUACGAGAAGAAUCUUAAUUCUUUUAAAAAAUCUAUCGAACGGUUUAAAAUUAUUCGCUAAUUUGUCAAAGUAGACCGAAAUGUUUACAAAACCGCUAACAAGAGUGUCUCGAUACAUACUAAUCAAAUCCUUCUUUCGAUUCUAGCAAUCAAGCAGAGCUAUGUCCAUGAUCUUUCACACAUGUUUUUAUAAAGAUUAAAACUACUAUGAGGUGAAAUUGCAGGUCAAAAGCGCUUCGUUUUCUAUAGAUAACGGCCAAAAAUCAAGAUUUUCCUUUUCUUACCGUAUUUCUAAUAAUAAAAACUUCAUUCCAAAAUAUCUCGAUAACGCUCUUAACUUGCUUAAGGUUUUGCUUAAACUUCACGAACAUCGAGGCGACUGUAUUGGAGAAAAAAGCUCCUGUGAACGAUUUUGUAAGGUUCCUGUGCCGGGAAUCAUUGCGGAAGUAAAAUAGGUAAUUGAAGGGGGGCAUUUCGUUGCUAUGACAACUCCGAUGUCAUUGCAACCCUGAUGAUGACAAAUUUUCAUCUUAAAACAACUGUGGUCGCAAUUUUUCCAAAUGUUUGUUUAUGGCGACGUAGUUUAUGCUCAGACUUCGUAUUGACCCUGAAAAACCGUAUCGAGCCCCCUUCAUAUGCCAGGACGGCCUAUGUUGUUGCAAUAUGGGUCUCAUUUCUUUUCGACUCUUUCGUAAAAAUUUGGGCAACUUGCGUGAUUUUUUUGGGCAAAUGGUUUACCGCCCCCCCUGGCAAAAAAUGUCCCGUACGCCUAUGUGCUUAGAUUAAUCCUCAAAGAAAAUUCUCUCCCGUUUAAUGGAAAGCACUAUCAGUACAGAUCCACGGUACCGCGAUGGGCACAAAGACAGCAGUUUCCUUUCCAACAUUUUCAUGGCAUAUAUUGAAAUACAAAGUUUAAUUAAGCAAAAACCGUCUUUAAGCCAUUAAGCCAACUGUUUGAAAACGCUACAUAUAUGACAAUGACAUUUUUUCCCUAUAUGGGACAUAAGUAAACCAGACAUCGUAGCUUUCUUCGCGGAACAAGUAAACUUACAUCACCCUACUAUGAAAUUCACGGCCGUAAUAUCUGAAAAUGAGACAUUCUUUUCAGAAAUAGUUGUAUAACAAGGCACAACAUUCAACGAAAAAUGAGAAAAAGCUAUCCUUGAUGUAAAGACGCAUUUUAAACGGAAACCUUACAGUAUAUACAUUUUUCACCUCUUAUCAUCCACCAACUGUUAAUUAAAAGCGCUUGCUGCACAAACGAGAAGCCUUGAGAAUCCUACGAACAAACUCCUCUGAGGACUAAGUAUUUCAGAUUUCAAAAGCGCUUGAUGGACAGAGGCUAGCCACACAAUUUUCAGGGAAAGAAAAAUUGCUAUUAGAAGUAAAACUCACAGAAAGAAAGCCAGCUCUCCUGAAACAGAACAACAAGGAAGAAAAAGAAAUAUCGCCUUUCGUGACUCAAUACCAGCCCUUAGUGUCUAUUAUAAAAGAAGCUUUAAUGAAAAAGUGGAAUCUCAUACAAAACCAACCACUACCUUGACAAAAUUUUAAAGAACCACCUAAAGUGCUAUAUCUCUGAGAAACGAAAAUUAUGAUGGCAAAGGACAUGCUUGUUAGAGCCAAAACAUAAGAGGAAUAGAUGUGCAGCCUGUCACCCCUUCCAGUUUUUCACUAAAAAGUAUCCAAAAGGCUAGAGUCCAUUGAUUAAUUAAUUACUUUUUACUGUGCCCUGUAGUCUACCGGGAAACCAAGUUCGCAUUUACAAUAAAAGCUUUGGUGAUUUUAUCAAAAUUCAUCAUAUUCAUUUGGCAAACAAUGGUGAAAUAAACGAUCAUGUAGCAUAAACAAACAAGACGGUUAAUGAAGUUAAAGUGCAAUCAAAUGAUGCAUUCUUACAAGUUUUACUUUUUCCUUAGGGAUCAAAGUCUCAAAAAGUGGGUGAAAUACUUAAAAAAUAUUAAUAAUCAACAAGCGUUUUUACUUAUUCACUGAGAUUUUCCCACGAUCGACAAGAAUCGAAACGUUUAACCGACUACCGACAAAGAUCGAAAAUUUAAACCGACUACCGACAAAGUUACUGAAUUUUAACCGACAACCGACAAGUGGACCCCCCCAUUCAGACCCUCUUUUAGCGGUAGCCGUUAGAGAGAAUGUAUGAGAACCGCUAAAAUUGGGCCUGAUCAGAGGUUGGAAAGAGGAUUAGGGGCAUCGCGAAAUUACUAGAUUCAAACAAACUUUGGAAGGGUGAAAAAUAUAAUUUAACUGACCACAGAUUAAAAGGCUGAGCUCUAGAAAAAAGGAGUGGGGUUCUCAAUCGCAAUGGAGUAGGAGUCGUAAUCGGAGACACAAGUGAUAGGCAGCUAUGACCUUGUAAACAACAAAAAUCGAAGCUAUGAGGGUGACGGAUUCAACUGACUCCUCACUACGCCUACAACUUAGAAAAUGUACAUAAAUGUAAAUGGUGGUGAGGCAUUUUCAUCGGUUGUGCGUUUAUUAUUUCUUAUAUUUUGAUAACCGUGAUUGCAGAGUUAAGAGUUGCUUUGUUUGGUUUUGACAAAUAAAAAAUGUUAACUACAACUCAAAAAAGUUUAUUUAAGGAAGGUAAAUAUAUCAGCAAACAUUUAUUUCGUGUGUCACUCUCGGUACAUGGCAGAUGGUUUCGCAAGUGAGUAUCAGAUAGGGUGGCGUCGCUAGUGACAGCUGGUUUUCCAUUUCUUUUCUCUCUGACAGAUUCCAGCAGUAAGUAUCAGUACGACUCCAAAGCAUUUCUGUUUUCACUGGUGAACAGGCCAGGAUGGGCACCUGUUAAACUGCCUCAAACAGGAAGAUAUAGUUCUUCCAGAGCACAUUCCGUACUUUUUGGUUCAUCGUAUGGUCCCACAUUCGGUGUAGGAAAUGACAUUCAUAUUUCCAACUCCGCAUCAUCCAAUAGCGUUUCAUACAGCAACCUUGGCUAUACUUACAGUCCACCGAGUGGGUACAGCUACAGCAGCACCUUCGCCCAAACAUUCCUGGCAGGAACUUACAACUUCACACCAGACGAAGUAGAAACCUUUUACGAGUCAAACUAAAAGAAAUAAUUAACAAUAGGCCACAUCGAUUUUGAUGAUAAUUCCGAUAGUCUGCAAUGUAAUUAUGUCGUUAAAAAGAAUUUACUUAAAACUUGUCCUGUAUUAGUAUGCGUGAGAAACGAUAAAUCGCUUAAAAAAAAAAAAGUUUACAAACAAAGCAAAAGUCUUUUUCUAUAGUGAAACCUAAAGCAAAUAUACCAGAACCGGUUCAUCCAAAAAGAACACGACCUAUCCUUAUAUGUAAUAAACGUCUUUUCACUGGUUGACCAUUAAACACUCGCCACAUGUUCGCCUGCAGGGUGGGCCUAUUUUUGAUUUCGUUCUCGAUUUUUUUAAACAAAAGACAAAAGCUUACAAAAGAAAUAAAAAAUUGACUAAUACAUUAAAAAAUAUAUACGUAAUAAAAAGCAAAAACUUCAAAACAAAUAAGAAAAGGCUAAAAAUGAAAACUAAGAGACGGAAAGAAAAAUUGAACUCUUGACUUCGUCGUAGUUUUGUAUAUCUGUCUCGAAUUCCUCCUUACCCCUUUCAUGUUUAUAUCAGGCUAUGCAAACACGGAAAACGUCUUCUAUUGCUUGAAUAUCAUUGGUUGUAAUUCUAAGGCCCCGUCCACUAAUAAGUUUUCGUUUGAAAACGCAUACAUUUCGAUGUGUCAUGCCUUCCGUCCACACUACCGCGCUGAGCGUUUUUUUCGAAAACGUCUCGAUUUGAAAAUACUCUUGAAAGUGGAUCAUAUCGAAAACGCAUUCACAUCGUAUUUGAGAGGAAGGUCGAAAACAAUAAAAACGCAUCAAAAUGAAAUCGAUGACCGAAAUAUCGCAGGUGCUUUUGUUUGUAGCAUGCGGAUACUUCGCGGAUACUAGUGUUUUCGAGCGUUUUUGUGUGUACAGUCGGAAACGCAUCGAAAUGCUGGUAGCAGUGUGGACGCGAAUCGAUCGAUGUAUUAGUGUGGACAGGGCCGAAAUAGGGAACGGCAACAGGAACGGCAAAAAAGGAUUAGGCCGUUAGUAAAACAACAACUAUGCACGCGAAUCACGCUUUUUUUGUACAUUUUUAUGCUGUCACAUGCAGCACCGCUACGACGUGCCGUAACUGCCAAAUUUCACGUCUUGUGGAGAGCAUGAACACAAGACAACGAUGUUGUAUGUUUUUCGUAACACAGAAACAGUCCUUUAGAAUUCAACUCCAGAAAACUUCACCAACAUUUGACAAACUGAACGACAUGGAAUAAGAGCAAUGAACUUGGAAACAGCACCAAUUCACUUUUCAAGAGACGUUUUUGCCACUUUCGUCGUCGCCCUCUUCCGUUAAGAAGAUAUGGGUAAAAAAUCUCCGAAUAUGUCACACACGAAAUGCUACAUUCAAACAGGCAUAAAUCUUGGAAAGACUAGAGAGACUUCAUGCAUUGAAUGGUUUCAAUUUUUUAUCAUUGAUAGCGUCACGGUGAAAGCCAGCAAAAGCUUGAAAUUCUGUCAUCAGAGUUUAAAAUCUCUAAAAUGUUUUCUAAUAGUCAUGAUCAGGACAUUUGUGCUGAACUUAAGCAUGAUAUUGGGAUCGAUCAAGAUCCCUUUUAUUUUCUGAUCAAUAACAAUCUGUCAUCAUCUGACUCAAGUAUGAUUACUAACACUAUAAUGGACAAUAUAAUGUUGCUACCAAAAUCAAAAUUUGACAUGAUAAUUUGAAAAUUUCAACUUUUUGUUAUGAAAUUAAGAAACAAGGUCUCUCGGGAGUUUUUUGCUAUAGAUGAGAAAACAAAACAAAAAAAACUGUCGACGAAGAGCAACUUUCCUAUUACAGCAUGAAUUCACACUGUCCCAUAACAGUGUCAUAAUAAAUGCUCAAAUCGGGGCUGCUGGAGGCCAUUCAGAUUGGAGAAUGUAUUGUUGUUAUAAUUACAAUAUGUUUAGUAAUUAUCACCCUUUUACUUAUAGAGUUGUAUAUAAUGGAGAUUUAUAUAACUUUUCUGUCUGUGGAUGAAAUCCUAUGGUCGAUGUCACCAUUCAAAAUAAACCUUCUUGGCUCCUCUUUCGCAUGGUGCUAUCUGUUUUUGGUAUGUAACAAAAUGGAAUAAUUUUUUUCUAAAAGUUCAAGCUCUCUUGAUAGUGAAAGGGUUAAAUAAACAGUUAGUAGCAAAAUUAUAGCUUCUUGCUUAUCCAUAAGCUCAAAGUUGUUGAGAUUUUUAAGCGAUACAUGUAGAUUACAGAAAAUUCCUUUGAAAAAAAGAGGAGCAUUGUUUCAAGAAGAAAAAUACAUAUUAAUAGUUUAAUAUAUAAUAUUUCAAGAAUUAACAACAUAGUGAAUAAGAUUUUGCUGCUUAAGUAAUAGCAAUAUUUUCAGGGGAAACUCCUUUUCCAAGAAGAAUAAUUUCUAGUUGUUUCUGCCCUUGUAGGAUAAUGUAUGGCUAGAAAUAAAACUUGUAAGUAGCAACUUGAUUACGAAUUUUUUGUUAACUUUCCGUAUGAUUUUAAGUCUGGAUUAUAAUAAAAUUCGAGCAAUUUCUGGUUGUCUUUUUCUGCUGGCGUUUAAUUUUUAAGUUCACCCGGAUGAGUGUCUAUUCACUUGUCUUUCUUGACCUCUUUCACGGUGUCUCACUCUCCUUCAAAUCAGCGUCAUUUCUAAUAAAGGCUGGGUACUGGAACGAGGAGGAACUGUCGAGACUUGGGGAAAUAACCAAAAAGGAAUUCAAUUGAAGGCCCGGGAUAUUGAUCAGAGGGGAAUAAUUGCUUUACAUCUCCUUCCCUCUUGGCCAAGUGUGAAUCGUUAAAUACUACCGAAAUCAGCUAUUAACUACCCGGUCGUCCGUGAACAAACGCACCCAUUUCAAGCCAAUUGAAACAUUUCAGUAUACACACUUCUCCCCUGGCCAUGAUGUUGACACGCAUUAGGGCUCAAAAAGGCUUUAUCAAGUGCAAAGGCAAAAUUGCGGCUAUUCAUUUGGAAUAUGGGAAGGCUCGGCAACGAAGUUUAACCCCUUGAACUUUUAUCCGGGCUUUUAUACCAUUUUUGAAAGAAAAGGUACCCCUUUCAUAUCCCUUUUAUUGACAAAUGGUUCGCCUUUCACAAGCCUAGUUUAGAACUUAAAAUUUUCAUCCCUUUUAACUGCUGUAAAUGCACUGUCUCAAAAAUAUAAAUAAAUCACAAAUGCAGGCGUUUUCUCGACUUUGUCACAGUCUUAAAAGCAUCUGUUAGCUCUUUUGGGCCUUUUCACCGACCUGCCGGGCCUUACCGGGGGCACUAAUGCAUAAAAACCAUAAUACGUGUCACCCUGUCGUUUACUAUUAUCGAGCUGAACCCAACAAAAAAGGAGUUAACAGAAAUAUACAGCUCGUAUCCUGUUAUAUUAAAAAUUCGAUUGGUCAGCUGUAGCUUGGUAAGCCAUAAAAUAGUAAAGCCUUCUUGUUGGCAAUAAGCCUGUGUGGCAGGCGUUCGAAAGGGAAGGAAAACAGGAAUCUGGGCACGGGGGCGCGCGAGGAAGGAGGGCACGUCCAGCUGUCACGCAGGCUAGUUGGCAAUUCGCCUGUUUAUUAAUCACUAUUAUUAAUUUACCGCAAAAUGCAUAGGUGCUCUAUUAAAAAAAAAGUGAUGUGCCUUAUUCGAGGGCCAAUUUCAAUGCGUUUGUCACGAAAGUACUAGAAUUGAGGACGUUUCUCUUUGAUUUAUAUGUGUUCAUUUCCAUAGCCAGUGUACAGACGCCCCCUCUCGAAAAAAGAGAAAAACGAUCGGGGAGAGAGCCUGGACUCUCCAAUUUUUCCUAGGGAAGGGCGCUUCUUUACUGGCUAUCAUUAGUCGCUUGAAAAGUGAAAUUGCGAGCUUGCAAUCUCUAUCCCGAUUACUCAAACUCAUAUAUUUUGUCAAAUGCAAGCGAACUCUUUUUGAGCCAAAUUUCAAGUUUAGAAAGAGAAAGAAAAUUUAGCUGUCGUCUGUUUACUUUACGUCCUCCAUUAUACGUGAAAUUAGGCAUUUUCCCGUCGUAGUCGUGCAGUGACGGCAAAGAAAUGUACAAGAAAAGUGUGAUGCACGUGCAGAGUUGUUGUCAGUGCCUAUUCAACCUCUAGGCUAUUGCUUUUUUGACGUUCUCGUUGUCGUCGCCGUCGUGGCAUCUUUAAGUCUCUCCCUAUAUUCCAAUGAAGGUGACGGUGUACGUAACACUGAAACUUUGACCAAUGCAACACGAGAAUGUAAGAAUAAGACAGGUCAACAUCCAGGGUAGCUUCACGUCAGUUGUCAUAUCAACCAUGUUUUUUUUGGUCCAAGUUUUCCGGUAAAGGCAUAUUUUUGCUGGCAACUUUCCCACAUGAAACGUUCGUCUUUGUGUGGCUGUCAAAGAAAGAGAUUGUAGAGCUGAAGAAAUGAAACCCUUAAACACCUCAAGAUCUCAUCGACUCCUUGAUUUUGUUCCAUCCGUUAGGCCAUCGUUUCUUUCUGUGAUGCUAGUUUUUGUUUGCGGAUGCCUCUGGGUGAAGAAUACGACAAUCAACGAACGACUUGUCGCGCUGGAAUCUCGCAUUCACUGUUUUUCCUGCGUUAAGAGUAUUUCUAUCGAAAGUCUUGACAAGAUGACUCUCUCGCCGGCAAAAGAUACCGCAAAAGAUCUUUACAAGAAUAUGCAGACACAUGUUUCAGAAGUUAUCGCCUCUAAUUCAGGUAAAAUCGAUGCUUUAGGUAUAAUUAUCCUCUCUCAUAGAUGUCGUGCUUUGACUGAAAUAAACCCCCGCUAUUAGGGACUCUCGCUAAAGAGGACACUAACUCGAGGUUCCUAUAGUGUCCGCUGUAAAGGUAGUUGACUGUAAUUCGCCUUUUGAAACAAGAAACGAUUGGCAUUAUCUUUAGCCGGGACAUUUCCUCAAUGCACCCCUCCCCCAACCCCUCUGUCCCCGGGAAAAUAUAGCAUGACAGUAUAACGUGACUGAUAUGAUCCAUCUAACCAGAAAUUCCAAAAAUUAUUGUCGUUCGACGCUUAUAAAAUGUGACAGGGUCAAUUUUGGUGUUUAAAAUACUGUGCAAUAACAGAAACUGCAAAGAAAAUUAAGUUUCAGUUUUAUUUCUGUCGGAUAUUGCAUUUAAAGCCCUUCUAACUAUCCAAGUGAAUAUGUAUCUAUUUGACGGGGCGAUCUACAAAUAGCAUUCCUUUCUUGUAAUCUUGAGGAGAGACUUUUCACACGCAGGGAGAGAAUUCCAUCAAGUUAAAGCUUUUCCGAGGGGACCAUGGGAGGGCAUUUUUUCUUUUAAGCUCCCGCGCAGGCUAACAACAUCAUCGACUACUGUAUCUAGAUAAUCAUUGGGCGUAGAUGUAGGGGCAAUAACUCCACGCAAUUAUUUUUGUUCGCUCCCAUUCGACUUCCAUUUCUGUUCGCCAGACGACCUUAAAUGACCGGUCCCCUCUCCCCACAUAUCGGCCCCAUUGAGGAGGGAGUAGGACGCGCAAAGCCUUGUGGAAAAUCCAUCCACCAUUUUCUCUUUUUUUGACACAGUUUCGACCCAUUUCUUGAUUGGGCUUUGCCGACACGGGCAGCACAAUUAAUAACAACAAGAGUGCCUAUUUUUUAUGCCUUGUUCUUUUUUCUUUUCUUUCUUUCUCUUUUUAUAACAAAAGCAUUCCGACAAGCAGGUAAAAAGCGUCCUUAGCAGCGAGAUAGCGGCGAGGAGCGAGGAAAGACACGCAGGCUAACAAGUGGCCGGAUAUUCUAAACUUGCUUAACCGCUUAGACCAAUAGUUUCUCCUCUCUUCGUUCAGACAAUCUUUAAGGAAAGGUUUCUUUUUCAAGUUUUCUUCUUGGCAGUAUACCGUGAAGAAAAUGAAUUACUUCGCAUUUCUUUUUGAAUUGUUGUGAUCAUAAGGCCCCUUAUCACUGUCUAGCAUUGGAGUUAAUGUUCUGGUGCAUCAAAAAAUUUCUCACGCGUUCGUAAUGCUUUCUCGCGGGUCUUAAUUACCAGUUUUCCUUCCCUUUCAGACGCCUACCGCGGGUUAGGUCUAACAGAAAAUAAUUUACUUUGAAGCUUUUUGGGUUGUUAUUGUGAGAUAGGAAUAUUGAAUGAUUGACGGCAAAGGAUAAAGCUUCAAACGUUAGUGUGCUGUAAGGACCUGUAAGUGGGCCAAAACUUAGCCUAAGAGCGUCUGCGUGGGAGGCUUGUCACGGUAUUGAGUGGAAAAUGAGACUGUGUAAUAGCGAGUAGGAAAAAAGACCACCCCACCCUGCUAAGGAUACAAUUGUAACUUAAGGAAUGAUGAUGGGUAAUAGAACGCACGAGGUCUGUUUUGUUGUGCGAGUCCGCCAUAUUGGUCUCGCCUUGUAGUUUUACAAUGGGAAAAUAGCGCCCACCUGUCCCCGGCCAGUAACAAUAGGCUGGUAACAAUACGCACAAGUUGAAUCAAGAGAGAAUGACCUACUCUUGCUUGAAUACAGUAACUUGUUGUCUAAAACAGGAUUGACAGUAAGAGGGGCAGUGAUAACGCACAAAUUUCCACAAGAACAUUCUGAAUGAAAAAAUAAAGAAAAAGAAAAAGGAAAAAGGAAAAGAAGAAAGAGGAUUGUUGACCUCGUUUGUACGUCCCCUAUUUCUUUUGCUUCAAUUCGUCGUAGGCACAUCUCCCAUAAUACGUACACCUUGUUUGCCCCCCCUGGCUUUUAAUUUCCCCUGGGUAUUACAGUCGUUCCAAGAGAAAUUGAAGACAAUCUUUAUCCAAAACAUUUGGGGGGGCAAAGAAAGUGUACUUGUUGCACGUUUUACCGGCCCAUGCGAGGCAAACUUGUUUUAAAGCAAAUGACGUAACCUCCUUGUAUGGCAUCACUUCCGGAUAAUUUUAUCCAAUCAAGGGCCACUAUUCAAGCAACUUAAAGAAACCUUGGUUUGUUAAAAGACAGAAUUACAGUCAGACCAGGUCAAGCGUUCCCGUCGCUAACGAACUAAUGAAUUCAUUCACGGAAAAAUGAUUUCGUUUGUUGAUUCAAUAAUCCAUUCAUAAAAUGAACAAUCCAAUAUUCAUAUUUAGCCUCGAUUCCAUAAUCGAAUGUUGAUUCGAUUACUGUUUUUUGAAAAACUACACUUUCCACAAGUUGACCUCAGAAUUUUGUUUUUUCCUCUUUUUUUUCUGAGAGUCGAGUGCUGGCGAGUCCUGAAGUUCAAACCCAAACAAACUGUUACAUGUACGCCAGUUUGCUGCCAGUAAUCAGUGCAACAAACCUAGGCCUGACCUCUUAGAAAACACAACGGCCAAACUAAGGUCAGUGUAUGUGCGGUGAUUGGUGGAUUUCGAUCCUCGGCCUUUGUCAGUUUCUCAUAGUUUCUUUGCGUUUGCGGUCUGUCUAUUCUAGCUGUUAUUUUGAUUAUUAAAAGGCAAUGAAAAACGCAAUCGUAAACGGCAGGAAAAAGGAAGCAAAUACGAUUGAACACAACAGACAAGAAUAAAGAACAGGUAGAUUUUGUUCAUAAACCAAAUCAACAUUUGAUUAUUGAAUCGAGGUCCAAUUUGACUGUUGGAUUAUUCAUUUUAUGAAUGGAUUAUUGAAUCAACAAACGAAAUCAUUUUUCCAUUAAUGAAUUCAUUAGUUUGUUAGCGACGGGAACGCUUGACCUGGUUUGACUGUAAACGUCGGUGGUAAAACGCGCAACAUCGCUUUUAAAAUCGUGUUGCAGCAAUGUUUCGAAACAAGUUGUACGUUUUCUUGUUGCCCGUUUUACCGAAGCUUUAUACCCGGUGUCUCUUUCCCGUAAACAGUUCCAUUUAUAGAAAGGGUCAUGUCAUUUCCACCUACGCUAUGCUGGUGUCAGUAACUGACCUAAUAACUUGGUUUAACUUUCGAAGAAACGUCCUAAUACGUACAACCUUGUUAAAGUUAUUGUUUAUUAAUCAAAUCAGUUAUUAUAAUUUACAUGUAACAUUUCUUACUGCAGUUGUAUCGUUGUCAAAAAUGGCAUUUACAACUAUCCUACCAAGAAACCGAAGACACGUUUUAAACGAAACUUCAGCUAGUAUAACAUUACAAGACGUGAGAAAAGAAAUCACAAAACAGUUUCAACAACUUAUGCCCCUCAAGUACUGUACAUCAAGUGAGAAAGUAUGCCCCGCAGGUCCCCCUGGACUUCCUGGUCCCACUGGGGCAAAAGGGCCACGUGGUAGGAGGGGACCAAAGGGGAAAAGGGGGCCUCAAGGUCCCAUGGGACCACCUGGAAAAUCCGGAAAAACAGGAAUGAUGGGUCCUGCAGGGCCGAAAGGAGAAAAGGGAGACAAGGGAGAGCCUGGGCCCAAAGGUAUGCCGGGACCACCAGGAAUACCUGGAAAAUCGAUAUCUGCUCCACAAGUAAUGUUGUCGCCGCCAGAACAGACACGAGAUGAAGGAACAAAUACGGCUUUUUAUUGCACAAUUGGAGGAAAUCCUCCCCCUGCCGUCGAAUGGCGAUUCAAGGGUAGAAAGCUUCUGUCGGGUGCAAAGUAUCUGAUUAAAAAAGGAGAGUUGAUCGUUAAGAAUCUGAACUACAGCGAUGCUGGGCAGUACAAAUGUCACGCCAGGAACAUUCUUGGAUCGUCUGAGGCCACUUGUAAUUUAUCUGUUCGAGGUAAGCUCAGAGAAUAAUUGAAACUUCAGGAUUUUUCAUACUCAGCUGCUUAGUGAUGAAUAUAUUUAUGUCUAUAACGGGUGUUCACUGGGUAACACCCUUGUUUGAAACUUGGUGGUCAUUUUUUCCUUUUUUCUUUCUUCCUUUUCUUCUGUUUAUUUGUUUGUUUUGUUUUGUUUUUUUAUUCAUUUUUGUCUCACUUACAAUAAUUUGUACCAGCAAUAAUAUAAAAGCUUCGUUGUCCAGAUGCUCGCAAUAGUUUUCUAUUCGUUAUACAUAUCAUUUUCAGUAUUCUUCUCUGUCAGGUCUUCCAGUGUUAACAAAAGUUCCACCUUCACCCGUCACGCCAAUGCAACGCAGCACCUUUCAAGCAGUUUGUCAAGCUGAAGGAUUCCCUCGUCCCGUUAUAAGCUGGAGAAGAGUUGGAAUGCCUUUUCUAGGUGGAAGAACUAAAGUAAACAGUGGUACACUAACCAU